UAGCAGUGCGUCGGCGCCCGCUGACCUUAGACCCCGGGCCGGCUGCCGCCAGACUCUGAUGCUGGUCUCUGGUGGAAGGAGGUUGCUCACCGUUCUGCAGGCUCAGCGGUGGCCCUUUCAACAGUCCAGAGACAUGAGACUGGUGCAGUUCCAGGCACCCCACCUGAUGGGACCUCACCUGGGACUGGAGUCAGGGAAUGGUGGAGGGGUCAUCAACCUCAAUGCCUUUGACCCCACACUGCCCAAGACGAUGAUGGAGUUCCUGGAGCAGGGAGAGACCACGCUCUCAGUGGCGAGAAGAGCCCUGGCUGCCCAAUUACCAGUCCUACCACGGUCAGAGGUGACCUUCCUGGCCCCAGUCACGCGGCCAGACAAGGUGGUGUGCGUAGGCAUGAAUUACGUGGACCACUGCAAAGAACAGAACGUGCCCGUGCCCAAGGAGCCCAUCAUCUUCAGCAAGUUUGGCAGCUCAAUCGUGGGGCCGUACGAUGAGGUCGUCCUCCCGCCAGAGAGCCAGCAGGUGGACUGGGAAGUGGAGCUGGCCGUGGUCAUUGGAAAGAAAGGCAAGCACAUCAAGGCCACAGAUGCCAUGGCUCAUGUGGCCGGCUUCACUGUGGCACAUGACGUGAGUGCUCGUGACUGGCAAAUGAAACGCAAUGGAAAGCAAUGGCUGCUGGGAAAAACCUUUGACACCUUCUGUCCCCUGGGCCCAGCCUUGGUGACCAAGGACAGUGUAGCAGAUCCACACAACUUAAAGAUCUGCUGCCGAGUGAACGGGGAGGUGGUCCAGAGCAGCAACACCAACCAGAUGGUGUUUAAGACGGAAGAGCUGAUAGCCUGGGUGUCCCAGUUCGUCACUCUCUACCCAGGGGACGUCAUCCUGACGGGGACUCCCCCAGGUGUUGGUGUAUUUAGGAAACCUCCUGUCUUUCUCAAGAAAGGUGAUGAAGUCCAGUGUGAGAUUGAAGAACUAGGCAUCAUCAUCAACAAGGUGGUGUGAUGGCUCCUGCCACAGGCCCUGGACUUAGGAGGUGGGUGCAUCCAUUCCCACUCAGCCCAGCACAGGGAGAGGCCAUGCCCCCGUGAGUCUCCCU